GUUUGCUACCGUUGGACUUUUAGCCGCGUUCGUCGCGACCGUUGCUGCUGAACCAUACUACGAAAAACGUUACUAUGAACGUAACGCCGAACCAUACUACGAAAAACAUUACUAUGAACGUGACGCUGAACUAUACUACGAAAAACGUUACUAUGAACGUGACGCAGCACCUUACUACGAACGUGACGCCUACUAUGAACGUGACGCCAAACCCUACUACGAAAAACGAUACUAUGACGCAGCACCCUACUACGAACG